AUGGCUAAAAGUCAUGAUAAAAAGAAGAAGAAGAACAAGGGGAUAUCCAACACAGUCAUUGCCCCUCUUGAGGAUGACUUGCCUGAGCAACCCACGGACCUAGUUAUUCCAGAGCUCGAAGAGUAUGCCCAGGUAGCUGAAUGUCCUUAUACGACUCCCAUCAUCACCCUCAAGGUCGACGGCAACUACUACAGGAUUCCACAGCAGUACCUCCAACCAUAUAAAACUUUGCAAUUCGAACCGGAGGUUAUGCACAAUGAAUACUGGGGGAGUGAGCGCCAUCAUCACCACCAGCUGUGCAUUGAGCCGCAAAGUGCCCAUACCUUCAUUCAUUACUUGUACACUGGACAGUAUGAGACACUUAAAACCCCACCCAGCAUACCUCAGGCAGCGGAAGACAUCCCCACAAUACUCAACACUCGUGAUAAAGAGGAGUUCGAGCGCGCAGUCUAUGUAUAUCAGGCUGCCGUUCAAUACGAGAUCCCGGGGCUACUAAGCAUGGCGCAGCACUUCAUGGCCCGAUUUGCCGAGAGAUUGUCAAUAGAAGAUAUUCUGCGUGCCAUAAGAUGUGUUUACGGAAGCCUUCUCGAUGAUCAUUCUGGACGCAUGUGGCUUAAGGACUUUGUCCGAGAACAAUUGAUUGUGGCAUUUAGAAACACAGAUGGAAAGCUGCGACAAAUCAUAAAGAACUAUGAGAUUGGAAAUAGUCAAAGUUUCGAUACUUUCGUUGUUGAUGAGGUCUUGGCACUAUACGAAAUGGAGCAAGACAGAAUACACCGCGUGAUGAGCUUGGUCGAAUCUUAUAAAGCUAUUAAGCCUGUGCCUCAUCGCAUAUUCGAAUGGAAGUGUGAGCCUAAGGGUGUGCCUGAGUCCUGUGUGUGA